CUGCGGACAGCAGGGCUGCCCAUUAUCUUAACGAACUCGCGCACGCACACAGAAGUUAAUUUACGAAAAGAAUUAGAAGUUUUAAAAAAACUUCAUAAACAAAUUCAACAACUGUAUACUUUAAUUCGUCAUUUUAGAAUUGAUUUGGAAAAAAUAAGUGAUAACUAUUAUAAUUUGCUGAAUCUUAAAUGAGCAAUGGCUGGAUCAAAUAGAAGAAGUUUAGGAGCAGUGCGUUUUGAUUUAUCUGAGAUUGCACCUUCUCUAACAAUAUCUCCAACUCGCCGUCGACGUUCUAUAGCAGCACAAAAAAUUAUAGAAACUAAUAUUGAAGAAAAUGAUGAUGAAGCAGAAAGAUUGGCAAGAAGAGAAAAAAAUGAAACUAGUAGUCCAGCAUCAACAUCUUUGUCAGGAAAUGAACGUAGACCUUCUGCAUUUGGUUUAUCUGCAAUAUCUAAUUUAUCUUCUGUAGAAAUGAGUAAUCAAAUUGCCCAGUGCAUAAAAUUAAGCGCUGAAAACAAAAUUAAUGACAAAAAUGCUUUUCAAUUAAAAAUGAUUGAUUUUUUAGUUUAUACGUUAAAAAAACAAGAUCCGAAUAUGACCAAUUUACAAAUGGCUAGUGCAUCUUUAGAUGCUAGUGCAAAAAUUUAUGGAUUUCGAGUAGAUAAAGUUCAUUCUGAUCUAUUAAAAAUUAUAGGUAUGGUAAAACAAGAUAAAAGAGAUCUUAAGGAUGAAAAGAUAACUAAUGAAAAUAUUAAUAAUUCUAAUAUAAAUAAAAACGAUAUUCAACAAAAAAAAACCAAAAGAAAAAGUUUGCAGCACAUAAUAUCUAAAGUCGAAGCCCUAAAGGGUAAUUUAGAAACAUAUGAUCCAUUAUCAUUAAUAAGGUGUCAAAGAGAUACUCAAACUUCAGAUAUGCUUUUUCAAGCAGGUCUUCCACAACAUGCUAGUCAUGGUGUUGCAUUGAAUUUAUAUAAUGAUGUUAUUUUAGAUAAAAUUUCAAUGAUUUAUAAUCAACCCUUAAAAAUUUCAACUUAUAUUAUUGAUGAUUUUACAAGCCACAUACUUUGUCCAUCAUAUUCUGCUUUCAAAUUUCUUGAUUGGUCACCAGAUAUUCAAACUAAGGAAUUAAAAAGUCAAAUAAAUGAAAAUGAUGGUGAAUAUCAUUUUGAUUUAGAUGCUAUAGUUGCUGAUGACGAUGUUAUUGAUAGUGAUACUCUGAUGGACUGUGGAGAUGCGUACGAAGAAAGAUGUGAUAAAUUAGUACAAAAUCAACACAUUGAAAAUAUAGUAGAUUUUCAAGAUAUUAUUGCAAAUAAUCCAAAUCCAAAUGCAACUUAUGAAUAUUCCUAUUUGCAAAAAAGUUAUCGUAUUCAUUGGGCUGGUCCAUCCCACUGGAAAAUAAUAUUAAAUAAAAAUCUUGGUAGUAGUAGAAUAGUUGAAACUUGUAAACAAAAUAUAACAAAAAAAAAAAAAGAAAUACAAUUAGUUUUCACAAAAAAUUCAAAAGAAGAAAGCAAAAGUAAAUUCAAUCAAAUAAACAGACAAACUAAAUUAUUAUCAAAAACAACAAAAAUAAUUUGGUCAGCAGAUAAAGUUACCUUUCCUCAAGAUAUACAUUAUGAUCUCAAACGUUAUUACAUAUUUUUUAAUAAGCCAAUAGAAAAUUUAAAAUUUUCUAACAAUGAAAAAAUAGAUAUAAAUGCUAAUAGAGAUAAUUUAAAUUAUAGUGAUGAUUAUAUUAAUUCUGUUGCACUAGAUAAUGGGGAAAGUUUUAGAGAUAAUGAAGAAGAAAAACAUUUAAAAGAUCAUAAUUUAAUAUACAAUCAAGAAUCUACUAUAAUUCAAAGUCAAGGUGCAUUUAUCGGUGAUAAUUUAGUAUCUAUACCAAAAUUAACUGAUAAAAUUUUCAUUCCAUACUCUCAAAGAGCAAAAAAAAUUGAUAUGCGGCAACUUAAAAAAGCCAUGUGGAAAAAUAUAAAGAAAACUACUAAGGAAACAGAAAAAGAAAAUUUUUAUAUUACACAAGCAAUUGAAAACGAGAAUAAGGCUAUAGAACCAAAAGCUUUUAGUGACAUGUAUUUAGAAAUACCAAAGAUCUUAUCUAAACUUAAUGCUGAUUCUUUAAGUCCAGCUAUUGCAUUUGUAUCACUUCUUCAUCUAGCUAAUGAAAAAAAUUUAAAAAUAGAUAGAAAUAUUGAAUUAUCUGAUUUCAUCAUAAAAUGCGGAAAAAAUAAUCUAUAGCAUUAAAUUAAAUGC